UGGCUUUGUGCUGAAACCUGCAAAAUUACCGCCGAAAAACAUCUAGUAGAAAAAUACAAGGUAGUUACCGCGAAGAAAACAGACAAAGCGUGCAUAGAUAUGUGUAGAAGUGUGCGUAAUGCAUUGGAGUGGAUUUUUGCUACGAAAGAGAAAUUUCCAGUAGUUUGCGUCGAGCAGUUUUAGCCAGCGCUAGCAAAAAAAUCGAGCAAAGCUGCAAGAAUUAACUGCAGACCCGUAGCGGAUGUACAUCAUAACAAGAAAAAGAAUAAUAAUAAUUGUUCCGCACUGCAAGGCGGAGAAUGUUAUUGGAAAUUAAAAGAAAAUCCUUUAUGCUUCCAUAAUAUUGGCUUUGUAUUCGAGUUCAAUUGUAUGGUCGACAGUAGUUUGACAGUUUGUCCUAGCUCGAUCAACAGAGUUAUGGCCUACUGCAUGAAAAAAUACCACUCUGGUACGGAAACCGGCGUAAGACGGCAUCGUAUAUUAGCUUCACGCUCGUGUUAAACGUUCUGUCGAUCUUUUGUGCAAAAGAAAUAAUUUUAUACGGCAAAGUUCAGUUAGUUACAUUACAGUCCACAACAAUCGACCGUCUACAAUACACAGCGCAUUAAUUUAUCCUACGCAUCUAUCAACUUUCCACCCCGAAACAGUGUUUCUAUUGCCGUGUGCCUGUGUGUGCGUAUGUGUGCGGCGGAAAAAAGCGCGAACAUCGUGUCAGUCGCGGUAGCAUAGGACGCGGAAAACGGCGACAACCGGUGUGGGAACGCCCCCUGUAGGAAGCCGGAAGCCAAAAGGGCGCUACUGUUGUCGUUGUCGUGUCGGUGAACGGCAUGGGCGAUCUGCUAGCUUUGCUAAAUGAUAUCAAAAAUAACGAAAACAAAAUGGAAUUUUGCGAAGAUUUCCACCAGCUGCAGAUUAUACUGAAUGCCGUCAAUCAAUACAUUCAUCCGUUCGAUAAGAUCGUCUUUGACAGCGGAAAUGGACCUUACAUUAUCGAAGUUGUUGCCCGGUUGCUUAAGUACCUUCGCGUCCACAACUAUCUCAACGCGAACAACAAGGUAAACAUCCAGUACGAACCAGAGCUGCGCCGGAUCACGAUGUACCUGCUGCUAAACACGGACGUUAGCUUCCGUUACGACCUGAUACAGGAACCACGGGUCAACCAUCUACUAAACAGUCUGCCCCAGCUGACGAAGUGCCUGCUAAUGAAUUGCAUUUGGGGUCUCGAUCUGGAUCGCUUCUUUUACGAGAUGCUGCGGUACGCACCGCUCUGGUUCUCGAUGCAGUUUAUCGACCAGGCGAUUGUCAGUCUUAAGUAUGGCAAACCGCACGAGGUGUUGAUACGGAUCGAGUCGAUGGUGUGUGCUAUUUAUUUCGCCAUGUGCCGUACUGACGUUGACUGGCAGAAUGUGAACCGAGGCGAGUACGUCAACCACCAGCGCACGCUCGCUCGGAUGAGCGAUUACGUUGGGGAUAUGUUACGAUUCGUCAACACGCCGGAAGCGUCCAAGUUCGAGGGUUGGUCAAAGCUGCGCAAACAUCGCUAUUUCGGUUUCGUGCUAAAGCACAUGUUCAGCAUGACGAUGGCGUGUCUUGAUCUGUACUUCCGCAAACCGGCCAUACCGGUCGAUCCGGCCAUGUCGGUGUACCAGCUGAUGGAUGACCUGCACGUGGACAAACCGGCCCCGAUCGAAUAUUCCCAGGCGACGGUUGGGACGCUGCUUAAGAUCAAUCACUUCCUGCUGAACACGCUCGAGAUCUGCAUCAUGCACGUGUCACUCGAAUGCUUCUGUUACUGGGCCGAGAUUAACCUCUUCAAAGAUGGGCAGGAAUCGGUAACGCUGCAGCAAAUCAUUGGCGAAUCCGCGUACCGGCUGUGCGAGGAGCUGAACUCACACAAACACUUCCGCCACAGUAUCGUGCGGCACCUGACGCAGUUCGCACUGCGUCCGAAGACGCUUACGGAGAAGGCGGCUACGUUGACUUUGGGCACGCUGAUGAACCGCUUCGAAAGUGCCGAUUCGGUCGAGGAGCGGAUGGUUUAUCUGCACGAGUUCAUCAACCGUGGCGAGCAGGUGUUCGAUAAUGCCGAGUGUCUGGAGGUAAUUGAGCAGCACUGUGAUCUGCUGACAGCCGCUCAUCUACGUCCAAUGAUUGAGUUCGAUAAAGGCACACCGGUUGAUGAGAGCGAACUGUCCGACGAACGGGUAAAGCUUCGAGAGAUAAUUUUGCGUACCGUUGGCGAACUGCUACCGUCGGAAUUUCAUCUCGUACUAACGUACAUAGCGAACACGUUCGGAAAGCAAUUUUGUUGGUAUGACAUUUCGGACCUGGUACCGGCCACUAUACAGCUGGUUAAUCGGCUGCAAAAACCAUCCGAUGGAAACGCAUCCGAGGUACCGCACGUGCAGAAGCUACUCUUUCAGUCGCCGGAGAUUUUUUUCAACACGAUGGUAAAAUCACUAUUUGCAAUGGCCCCGAAUGGCAACCAAGAUCAGCUGGUGGACGCAAUCGUCGAUAUCAUUAUGCGCUACAAAACGGUCGCAAAGGUACAUCUGCGCGAACAUCUCAAGCUGCUGCUCGUUACCGACUUUUCCGUGUGCCAUUCGACGGCACUGCAGCGUUUCGCUCAGCAGCUGUACGAGAUGAAUCUGUUCCCGACACACGAGUUCAUGGAACAGUUUAUGCUGAAAGGCCUGCAGGAAGCGUACGAGCGGAAGCAUGAAUCCGCCCUGUACGCACUGCUAGCGCUAAUGGCAAAUGUGUGGCCUUCUUACUGCGCAAAGAAGUUGAAAGACAGCGAAACGAUCGUAAGGAAACAAACGUUGCUCAAGGAAGGUGCCAAUCAGCUGGCAUUACUAUCCGAUCGAAUGCGGUACGAUUUUCCACCGCCUUCGCAAAUGGAUGCAAAUGGUCCAAAUUUAUGCAACUACCCGCUGCAUAUUAUGUCGCUGGUGUCGAUGGCUACCAAGCAGCUAGUGCUAACCCUCGAUCAACUGGCGGUGGAGCUUCCGGAUGAAGAUUUGAAAAAAUUCCUUCAGGAGCUUAAAGAAAUGGUGCAUAAUUUCACUAAGCACUACGUGCAAGAUCGUUUAUCAACGUUGCCAACCGUACCAACGCUCAGCACAAACACUGCGAAGGAUAAAGCGGUCACCACACAGUCUGACAAUGCAGCUGGUCAGAAGAAAAGGUUGCACACCUCACUCUUUACUCCAGACUAUUUUUCGGAUAAGCUCCCAGCAAAGGAUGCGACCGAAGAUUCCAUUAUUAACUAUGUUGUACAGAUUCUUACGCAGUGCACACAGGAGGAAAUACUUGAGCUGGCCCGGUACGAACUGAUCGGUGCCCAUAUGCUAGCGCUUUCCGGUUCGAAGCUAAAGGAUUGCUUUAAAAAUCACCCCGUAAAGGAUUGGGUGCCGCACUGUAUGGGCAACUACGUCGCAUGCCUGUGGAAUGUGCUGCUGCCGGUGGAAAACGAACGGGGCAAUGGGGUGGAGGCGUGCAAGGAUGCAGUAUGUACCAUCGUUGAGCUGAUAAGCGAACUGAAGGAUAUUACCGAACCGCCCGAAUGUAGCACGCUACAGACACAGCUGACGUUGCUGUACGAUUACGUGCGUCGUGUUGCACCGACGGUGGAGCUAGCUGAGCUAAUGUCCUUUCUACAGCUGGAACAACGCCCCAAAUCGGUCAUUAUGGAUGUGAGCGUUGAAUGAACCCUCCCCCAAGCGGGGAGCGAAACCGUAACCCGAAUGGAAGGGAAACGGAAAGAAGCGGAUGAAAAGACCUUGCUGCUGGCAACCCUUACUCCUUACAUACACUUUUGUUUUUUUUUUGUUACACCGAAGGCCCUUAGUUGUUACAUACACGUUUUGCCACCCUACUGAUUACAAUUACAACUUUUCUUUUUUGGUGCUAUAACUGCUGUAGGGUUAUGGAUUGCUAAAUUCUGGACCAUUCCUUCCUUUCGCAGGAUUGUAUGAUGCGCAGCUACGGGUAAACAAAAAUCAAGACAAACCAGAAAAUGGCUAGAAACGAUACUUCUUAAAUUUGAAGUGGCACAAAGAACAAGAACAGGUCAAAUCCUCUGUGUACGUAGGAACUGUUCUACACUGGAAGUUUGGUACUCCGAGAUCCUGUCGUGUAAAGGUCCGGUACCGCUACUGCUAGAAUACAAAAACAAAAGACGCUCAUACAAUAUGUUUUUUUUUUAUCAUUGAUCUAUAAUUUGCUCUAUUUUUUCUAUAUGAAAACUGUUUUGAAAUAAAGAGAAUGCACGCACACACCGCAUGUGAAACAAACCUGGCAUAAAUCACAACGAAUCAAAGGUUUUAUGAAGUUUUGCGUUAAAUCCUCCUUUCUCACCCACACCACUUGACCCAUAUACACACAUACCAGUCGCAUUCUAUCUGUUCUUCUUUCUAUUGAUGUAAAUAAUAGUAUCAGCGACCUUUGGUGGGCACAAAACAUUCAGUUGUUUAGCAUUAUAUAGUUAUUUCCAUAUUUGUUUUUUUAUUUUCCAUAAGCUGCACCCUCUUUCAUUGUUGCCUUGGAAGCAUAUUUCAUCAUAUGAAAAAUAAAACAUAAAAACAAAAGCAC